CUGAUCCCAGGAUGCACCGGGGAGUAGGUCCGGCCUUUCGGGUGGUGAGGAAGAUGGCGGCCUCUGGGGCGGAGCCGCAGGUCCUGGUACAAUACUUGGUGUUACGAAAGGAUCUAUAACAAGCUCCGUUCUCCUGGCCGGCGGGCGCACUGGUGGCGCAGGCUUGUCACGCGGCCACCGCGGCCUUGCACACUCACCGCGACCACCCGCACACCGCCGCUUACCUCCAAGAGCUGGGGCGCAUGCGCAAAGUGGUCCUUGAGGCCCCAGAUGAGACCACCCUAAAGGAGCUGGCCGAGACCCUGCAACAGAAGAACAUUGACCACAUGCUGUGGCUUGAGCAACCAGAGAAUAUCGCCACUUGCAUUGCUCUCCGGCCCUACCCCAAGGAAGAAGUGGGCCAGUAUUUGAAGAAGUUCCGAUUGUUCAAAUGACUGCUGCUUUGAUGUGUUUGAAUACCAGCUGGAUCCAGAAUCAGCAGGCCACCCAUUCCAGAGCAUCAUGUGCUUGCAGUGUCAGCUUGCUCCCGUCUUUCAGUUGUGACACUUUCUUGAGGGUUCAACGCAUGUUCCUAUUAAAGUUGUCAUUAAUAACUACUUCCUCUUAUUAAUAAGUGCAACUGUGGAAGGUGCGCGGGCAGUGUUGUCUGGCGAUCAUUGCUCAAAUAGAAGAUUGGGUUAGACUCUCCUAUGGGGGUCAAGGAAACUCCCUUCCAGUCACCCAGGUUUGAAACUUUGCUUUUGAAUUCCUUCUUAUUCACACCCAGUUAUCAUAUUUCAUUGAAUCUAAGACAACAUCAACUUUAAGAUACGGUAAUAUUUUAUGUAUUGUUAAAAAAAAUGCUGGCAAAUAAAUUAAAACAUUUGUAUUUCAAUAACAAAGAUGUUAAAAUUUGGCCAGUGUGGUGGCUCAUGUCUGCUAAUCCCAGGGUUUUGGGAGCCAAGGCGGGAGGAGCGCUUGAGCCCAUGAGUUCAAGGUUACAGUCAGUUCUAAUCAUGCCACUGCACUCCAGCCUGGGCAACAGAGUGAGGCACUGUCUCUGUAAUGAUAAUAAAACGUUAAAAUUCG